AUGGACACCAGCCUCUCCAGCAACGUCAUCGACACCAGCGAACAGGUGGACUUUUGCGACCGGUGUGGCUCGGUGCUGCCGCUGCCCUCCUACCUCGACGAGAGCCGUUUUGUGCUCUGCCCCAUCUGCAAUCUGCAGGUGGAGGCGAGCACCUUCAACGGCCUGAGCACCUUCACGCGGGUGCACUUCAACGAACGGGAGCUGGUGGCGAGGAAGCGGAAGGCCAUCGACGCCGAGGGACCGGUGGUGGAGCGACUGUGCGCCCGAUGUGGCCACGACAAGCAGUCUUUUGCGACGCUGCAGACGCGCUCCGCCGACGAGGGCCAGACUAUCUUCUACACCUGUCUCAAAUGCGGCGCCAAGGAGAAUGAAAACUCCUAA